CCACCCACCCCGCAACGGACGAACAUCCCCUCCAAGUAACCCACCGCCUCCUCUCGUACGCAACAUGACAGUCUCAACCGACCCCGCCCUCUACUCAGACGUCAAAAUCGCAGUCAUCGGCGGCUCAGGCCUCUACCACCUCGACCACCUCACCCUCCUCGGCGAAAUCAACCCUCUAACCCCCUGGGGCCACCCCUCCGACCACAUCAUCAUCCAGCAGACCCCCUCCGGCCACAAAAUCGCCUUCCUCGCCCGCCACGGCCGCGGCCACUUCCUCAACCCGUCUGAAGUGCCCACCAAAGCGAAUAUCGCGGCGUUGAAGCAUAUCGGCGUGGAGGUGAUUCUUGCGUUUAGUGCGGUGGGCAGUCUGAGGGAGGAGAUCAAGCCGCGGGAUUUCGUGGUGCCUGACCAGAUCGUGGACCGCACGAAGGGGAUCCGACCUUCCACAUUCUUUGAGAACGGUGUGACGGGCCAUGUCGGGUUCGCAGACCCUUUUGACGCAGACCUCGCCAAACUGGUGCUCGAACAGGCUGCAAAGGCCUGCAAAGACGUGACCUUCCACUCCCAAAAGACCUUGGUGUGCAUGGAAGGCCCCGCCUUCUCCACCCGCGCCGAAUCGAAACUGUACCGCGCCUGGGGCUGCGAUAUCAUCAACAUGUCGGUUCUCCCCGAAGCCAAGCUGGCGCGGGAGGCCGAGAUUGGCUAUCAGAUGAUCUGCAUGUCGACGGACUACGAUUGCUGGAAGGAGAGCGAGGAGGCGGUUUCGGUCGAGGCUGUUAUUGCGAAUCUAGGCGCCAACUCGGGGAAUGCUAAGCAGUUGCUUUUGGCGUUGAUUCCGGAGGUUACGAGGGCGUUGGAGGCGGGCGAGUUGAGGGGGGUCAAGGCGCUCAAGGGGGCGAAUAAGUGGGCGGUCAUUACGGCCAAGGAGAAGAGGAAUGUGGAGGAGGUUAAGAAGCUGGAGUACAUUCUGCCGGGACACUUCUAGAUCGACUACCUCAGAUAGUGCAGUCUACCUCGGCCAGCACAUCAUGUAUACAUUCAGACUAGGGACGAGUCUCUUAGCAUUAGGCAACUUGACUUUUUAUAUAUGGACAUCAUG